CGGCCAGUCCCCCGCCCGGCAGCCCCGCGCUCGCCGCCCGACCCGGCCGGAGCGAUGUGCCCGGCGCUGCUGCUGCGGCUCCUGCUGUGGGGGCCGCUGCUGUGGGGGCGGCUCCGGCCGGUGCGCGGCCUCCGGCACAGCGUCUACUGGAACUCGAGCAACCCCAGGUUCUUGCAUGAAGACUAUGCUGUCCAGGUCUCCAUCAAUGACUACCUGGACAUCUACUGCCCGCACUACGAGCGCCCAGUGCCCGUGGGCCGGGCUGAGACCUUCAGCCUGCACAUGGUGGACUCCGAGGGCUACCAGGGCUGCUACGAGACACCUGGUGCCUUCAAGCGCUGGGAGUGCAACCGGCCCCACGCACCCUUCGGGCCUGUCCGCUUCUCUGAGAAGAUCCAGCGCUUCACGCCCUUCUCGCUGGGCUUCGAGUUCCAGCCGGGGGAGACCUACUACUACAUCUCUAUCCCCAGCCCAGAGAGCUCCGGGCGGUGCCUGAGGCUACGAGUGGCCGUCUGCUGCAAGGCAUCGACAACAAAGCCUGUGACAGAAGUUCCCAAAUCUCAGCCCCGUGGGAGAGGGGGGUCGGAGGACACCGAGCCGCCGGGUCACAGCACCGCGCUGGCCACGCUCCGGCCCCAUGGCCCCUGCCUCAGCCUCGCCCUCAUCCCUCUCCCCCUCCUGUGGCUCUGACCCGCCCUGCACUCCUCGGGGCGAGGAGGGGGGGAGGGGGUUGUCUCCUUGCUGCAGAGUUGGGGAUUUUUGGACUUUGUCCCCCCAAAGCCCUCCAAGCAGCCAUGCACUGUGGGGUGGGCGCCUUCGCCCCAGCUCGUACCCCCGGCUCCGCGGCUCCUGCCAGUCCCCAGAGCGCCCAGGCCGAGGUGCUGGAGCCCAGGAUGUGCUGGACCCAGAGAUGCCCCGUGCUGGCAUUCGGCUGGAGGAGGAGAGGCUGGCUGGGCGGGCCCUUCUCCGUCACCGACGCACCCGCUGCUGCCGGUCAGACGCCCGCCUCCAUCCUGGCCUCAUUGGCACCUCCUGGUGGUCAGGGCUCCUUGCCCCUGUGAAAUGGGCCUUUGCUUAUGGACGACUCCCAGAGACUCCAGCAGGAGGGACCCUGCCGGGCGGUCUGUCGCCGGGGGGACCUCCUCCCCACCUGGCACAUUCCCAAAGGCCCCAUGGGGAGUCGGAGGAUCCUGUUGGUUCUGGCCCUGCAGAGUUCGGCCCUGGACAGCACCCGGGAUUGACCCCCCCUUUCACUGGCAGGGCUGGAUUGUCUCCCCGGAGCCCCGGCCCACCUUGGCCCCUGGUGCUGGGCGCCAGCCCGGUAAAGCCCCUCGCUCUGGCGAGGCUGAUCUGUCUUCCGUGAAGACGCCCCCUGGGCCGUGUACAGUUUCUAUUUUUGUAUCUGUGUUUAGCGACUGAGCCAACGAAUAAAGCAUUUGCAAGACGC